AUGGCGUCCCGAGGAGAAGCCGUGAAGGUAGUGGUGCGAUGUCGACCUUUCAGCGAAAAGGAGAAGGCCGCCGGUCAUUCAAACAUCGUUAGCAUCGACAAAGCUGCUGCAACAGUAUCAAUUGUCGAUCCGAGAUCUGGAGCAGAUCCACUACCAAAGACGUUCACCUUCGACAGUGUAUUCGACUUGGCCAGUAGCCAGCAGGAGGUUUACAACACCACGGCUAGACCGAUCGUUGAAAGUGUGCUUGCCGGAUACAAUGGCACAAUUUUUGCUUAUGGACAAACGGGGACAGGCAAGACAUUUUCGAUGGAAGGCGUUCGUGAUGUUCCCGAACUUCGUGGUAUCAUACCUAAUGCUUUCGAACAUAUAUUUGCGGAGAUUUCUCUGGCGGACAAGUCAACCCAGUUCCUUGUUCGCGCCUCCUACCUCGAGAUAUACAAUGAAGACAUUCACGAUCUUUUGAACCCGAAAGCUGGAAAGCUUGAUAUAAAGGAGCGCGCAGACAUUGGAAUCUACGUCAAAGACUUGCGAAAUUUUGUCAUUAAAGAUGUAGAGGAGAUGGACAGACUCAUGUCGUUUGGAAACAAGAACCGGUCGGUUGGAGCUACAGAGAUGAACGCGCGGAGUUCGAGAAGUCACUCCAUCUUUUCCAUAACGGUAGAGGCAAGCGAAAAGGGACCUGACGGAGAGGAGCACAUCAGAGCUGGGAAACUGCACCUAGUCGAUCUUGCCGGCUCUGAGCGCCAAAGUAAAACUGGUGCGACUGGCGAACGUCUUAAAGAAGCCACAAAGAUCAAUUUGUCUCUGUCAGCUUUGGGGAACGUAAUUAGUGCUUUGGUGGACGGAAAGAGUUCCCAUAUACCAUAUCGAGACUCUAAGUUAACAAGAUUACUGCAAGACUCGCUUGGAGGCAAUGCAAAGACCUUAAUGGUUGCGACCAUGAGUCCUGCGAGCUACAAUUUUGAUGAGACACUCUCAACUCUACGGUAUGCAAACAGAGCGAAGAGCAUCAAGAACAAGCCGAAGAUUAAUGAGGAUCCCAAGGAUGCCAUGUUGCGCGAGUUCCAAGAGGAGAUUAAACGUCUGAAGGCCCAACUGGAGCAAAUGGACAGUUCGGGUAUUGUUCCAGGAGCAGAACCAAUCGUUCAAGAGGUGGAAGAGAUCGAGGAAGUGGAAGAAUUCGAGGAGAUUGAAGCACCCGAAGAAGCAGUAGCAGUACCUAACAAACCUCCUAAGCCGAAGAAGGUAAAAGUUAAGAAGGCCAUACCCACAUUCGAAAAGGGCACCGAGCAAGCACAGACGUCUCCAGGUGAUCAUGAGAAGCAGCUGGAAGAAAUGCAGGCACAAGUGGAGGCCGAAAAGAGGCACAUUCUUGAAUCGAAAGGAAUGGCGGAAUCUGAGCGCAACCGCCUGUUGGCAGACUUGAAUGCACGUGCGAAUGAACUCGAGGCAGAGCGCGAAGCUCGAGGCCAACUGACUGCGAAGCUUUCUCAACUGGAACAGAAGCUCUUGAUUGGUGGCGUGAACGCCGUCGAUAGACAUGAGGAACAAAAACUGUUGCUGGCGAAGCGGGAACAGGAAUUAGAAGAACGAGCAAGACGGGAGCGCGAGCUCGCAAGAGAGAUAGAGGAGCACGAAGAGACGGGGUUGCAGAUCGAGGAGGAAUUUUCGUCACUUCAAGAAGAGGCUGCUGUCAAAACUAGAAAGCUCAAAAAGCUCUGGAAUCUUCUCAUGCGACACAAAUCGGAAAUCAAAGAUCUACAAGAGGAGCACCAAAGAGAACGAGAGCAGCUACUCGAUACAGUCCGAGAUCUAACCCGAGAACUCAAGCUCAGAAUGUUGGUCAUUGAUUCGUUUGUACCCAGAGAAUCCCUAGACCUUUUAGAAUCGUUCGCCGAAUAUGACGAAACAAGCGAAAAAUGGCGAAUAGGGCACAUUGCCCAUGCUGGAAAUAACAUUCGCGGUAAACGAAGCUUGGUGUCUGGGUUGCCAUUGCACCGCGACCAUUAUGGAGCAGGAGGAGAUCAAGGGAUGGAUGGCGAGGAGCCUCCAUGGGACCCUAUGUCUGGGUUCCCUGAUCCAUAUCUCACAUAUGACGAGCCAGUCAAAUCAGCUAAAAAGAAGACAAGCGGAGGCGAUGUACGAAAGAAGAGCUCUGCAACAGGAGAAAGAUCACCAAACAGAAGAACACGGCCGCCAUCAGCGGCCAGAAAGUCGCCCACCAAAGUGAGCAGUGGGCGAGACAAAGCGACAGCGAGACAUGCGGGUGGUAGUGGGAGUGUAUCUGGCAGCUUGGAAAACACGGAAGCCAACAAUCCGCCUGCGGCUCCGUCAGCGAGAGGACUGGUCGGCAAGAGUAAACACUAUGCAUGA